AUGGAUCCUUUGGCUGCCAGUGGCUCCUUCUGGGUGCCCAAUUGCUUCAGUGCCGGCAUGCUGUUUCAGAAGGACGAGAAGUUCUUUUUGUCGACGGGAAAGACACCGGGGAUGUUGUAUGCUGUGCAUCUGGUGGAGCUGCCGUGGAACUUUUCCGGGAAGCUCCCGGCACAGCAGCAGGACGAGAAAUGCAUGCCGGCAAAUGGUGCAGCUGCUUCGAUCGACGCUGUUUUGGGAGCUGGUCAAAUGACGAAGGCUCUGACCCUCGAUGUGGGCAGGCUCGAGACCGGCAUUGGUUGGCAACCGUUUGAUUUGUUCGUGAAGUGCAGUCGAAACAAUCAAAGACCAUCAAAGGUGCAGCUGUUUGAUUACACAGUGCAUUUGGCGACAAAGCCGGUCGAAGACAAGUGUGGUUGUGGGUUUCUGAUUCGAAGAGGGGUCAAAAGCUUCAGCCUCGUGGCCUACUUGGUCCACACCUCGGAGAUCCUGCAGAUGCACAGUGCCACGAUCAGCGACCUCCUUUUCGAAGCCGACAUCCGGCUGCCAAAGAACACAAGCAAAGCACUUAAGAUCAGACGGGUUCUUGAGAUGGAUUCGGUGAAAAAUCAUGUUUCGCAGAGCACCAUCGACAACAUCAAGCUGAUCUUGGACCAGCAAGAGGAGAAGCGGAAAAAAAGCAAGGACCAGAAGCCGGAGACCGAGCACAACGACGAGGAGGACAUCGUGUGGGAAGAGCUGGAGACAGAUCCGGCGGCAGUGGCUUGCCGAGAGCUUCUGGGCAGGCUCGAUGACGACGAGGCUGAAGAAGCGGAGAUGGAAAACCCCGCUGUGCAAGCAUCGCCGGCCCCUGAUGGUGCACCGGCAGCAGCAUCAUCGGCAUCCAGGGAAUCCCGGGCACUUCUGAGCGAGACAACGACAAUCCCUGCAGAGCUUCUGGCUCGAUUUCCAUUGCCAUCAGGCUGCACAAUGUAUCGCAUAAUCCAUCGGGAUUCCACCCUCCCACACUUUCAGGGCAAACUCUUGGCAAAUGCCAGUUUCGAAGGGAAGUUCAGCUCUGCCGCCAGCUACAACCCAGCUGUUCAGCGCGAUCUUUUGGACGAAUCGAAGAAGACAUUGAAGUCCGUCGUUGCAAGCAAACGAUCCGAGUUUCAGGCCUUUUACAUGGUCUGGCAAUGGCUGGACCGAGCCGCGAAAAGCGACCGUUCCAAACGUCGAAGGCUUUUUUGA